CACAACGUGGCUGUAUAUAAAAGUUGUGUGAGCGUCUCGACGCUACAGCAGUAGCAGGAGACCGACGCCGACGCACGCAAACCUGUUGCGCUCCUGUCCCUUCCUGGCACAACGAAUAAAGAUGUCACGCCACACAUUCUUGGCAUUUCUUCUCUUUCUGGUCAUAAUGACUAUGUGCUGCUCAGCAUAUAAUGAUGAUCGACCUAUCUACAAGUGGAGUCCUCUGUGGUUCAGCAGAUAUUUCCGCAACACGCAAAUGUACAAAAGAGGUCCACCUGUAGAACUUCCUGAGAUACAAGACACCCAGGAGGAAUGUGUUCCAGAAAACCAGAGAUGUGGUUACUGGGGUCUGGAAAUGCCUUGUUGUAACCUCGGUCACUGCAUCAUGGACCACUGCGUAUCGAAAGAGAACAUGUAUGCAUACAACCAAGGACCAUAAAUUUAUAUUGAAUAUUUUGUCUCAGUGCACUACAUUCUGGAUAUUAACCUGUACCUCAAAGCAUUAUCAUUUAUAUUUUCCAUGCACAUAUUAACUUCAAAUAUUGCCUGAGAUGUUGUGACUUAAGCAAGUGACUUCUGUCUUGGUAUUCUAAUAUAAUGACAAUGUAAUCUUAAUUACAACAACAUUUCUUCCUAUUACAGAAAGGUAAAAUAUUUUUAAACAAAACAUAACAGAAUAUAACUUAACUCUAACCUCAUUAUUUGUUAUAAUUUAAUAUGUCUGAACACUUUUUAAUCUAGUCCUUCAAAUAAAUGUAGAAUUGUCAGGAGACUGUAGACGAAACAAAUUUUCAAAGCUUAAUUGCACCAGAAUUAACACCAUCAGUUAUGAUUUGAAGACAUGCAUAAUUCAAACUUCUCCAUAUUUGUAACCCAUUAUUUUUAGAAAGAUUAAUUUAAUUUUCAUAGCAGGUAGUCAGUCAAUCAGUCUAAAAUUCCUAAUAUACAGAGCAAUACAUGUAAAAGGGCACUGCUUUCACAUAUUUACCUCUCUCAUAAGUGUCCUAGAUCACUUAUCCCCACUCUUUUGUCAAUGACUACAAAAUGUCCAUUAUCAGCUUCAGUGAUUAACCCUUUCACUGACAUGCACAAAGAAUUUCCGUACUGUAGAAAUGCUCAUCAGAGAACACAGACAAAUAUUUGAUACAAAAGUAGCUUUAAAUAUGUUACAUGUCACUAAUUUCGUGGACUGUGGUUUUAUCCCAUUAUAUUACAAGGUAUUCACAUACACUUAUAUAGAUCCACAUCAACCCU